AUGCAUGAUAUGGCUCUGGCAAUCCUGGGGCAUCUCAGCAUCUUGUGCGUGAGCCACUGCGCGGUGUGGGAGCGCCGCCAGAGCGGCGGUGGCGGCGCCGUCGCGGCGGCUGCAAAGCUCCUCGCCGGCACCAGCAGAGCGCGGGGGGCGCUGUGUCGGGUGUACAAUGCAGCGGCCUACCUGGCUGGGUGCUACGCAGACCCCCCUGCCGCAGUCAUCGUUGCCGCCCCUGAACGCCUCGGACAAAGCCCGCCGCCGCGUGCCGCCAUCGAUGCCGUCCCCGCGGCCGUGCGGUGGAUCGUGGACGUCCUGCGCUUGUCCGAGGAAAACGACACGGCAGAGGGCGCCGUCGCGCUCAUGAGGCUGCUGGUGGAGUGCCCUGACACUAGCGAAUGCGCGACCAGUCUCUUCCUUGAUUCCAAAGGCGCGGCCCUCCUGUGCCGCAUCUUUGCCGAGGCGCCGCUCACAUCGACGCACCUCAGCUACGCGUUGGUGUGCGCGGAGAUGAUGAGCAGCAUGGUCUUCAUCCGCUGCCUGAAACUUCAUGCGGCCCACGGUGGGGGCAGUGUCAGCCAGGGCGGCCUGCCUGAGGCGGUCUCGGGCCGGCUGAUCCCCGCAGUGGUGUCCGUCUUGCAGCGCCCCGGCGCUACCGGGACCAUCGUCGCGCGCUUUGCAAUCAAAGCUCUGUCCAGCUUGGUGGUGAUGGCCGGCGACAUCCUGACUAUCGCGCUCUCCACGCCCGGCGGGGCCGACCCCGAGGACGCACGCGUGAUCGCGCGCGCGCUCCUGCCGGCGGCGUUUGGGCCGCUGCGCGGCACCGCCGGUGCACUGCGCUUGGGGCCGCCUUUCGUCGUGCAUGAGGCGCUGCUGCUGGCAGCCGAGGAGUUGGUGAAGGCGGCUGGGCGCGACAGUGGUGUGGCGGCUGCCGUGCUCAGAGCGCAUCCGGGGCUGAGGCGAGACGUGGACAGCCUUCUCAAGGCGUAUGAGUGCGAGCGCAUGGCGCAGGCUCAGCAGGCGCAGGGCGCCCCGCAGCCAGCUGCAGCGGUGGCCGCAGCGGCGGCCGCCCCGAACAUGACCCAACGGGCGCUGCUGGGCAUAGACAGCUGGCUACGCUGGGCAGAGGCGCCAGAGCAGCCUGGGCCGACGCGGAAAGGCAAGGCGCCGCCGAGCGGCGGCGCGGGCGAGGCUGCGGCGGGCGCCCCUGCGCUGCAGAGGGCGCCAGGGAGCCCAGCCGCGGCCCCGCUGCCUGCGCCUGCCUGUCCUCCAGCGGCCCCUGCUCCAGCAGCCCCUGCUGCUCCUGCUGCCCCUGCCGCCUGCGCCAACUGCGGCAAGACCGAUGCUGCGAGGCUGCGGCUGUGCCGCGGCUGCCGCCUGGUGCGGUUCUGCUCCCAGGAUUGCAUGCGGCAGCAGUGGACUCCGGCCGGUCACAAGCCCGCCUGCAAGGCUGCGCAGGCAUUGGCGGCAGCGAAGGCAGUGAAGCCGGCAGCACAGGACGUGGCGGCAGUGCGGGACGCGUCGCAGGGUGCAGGUCAGGGGUGA